CAGAGUCCCAUCGGCUAUCAAUCAGUAAGAGUAAGAGCCAGCUUCUUGAUCGGGGAAGAAGAUGCAGGCGGCGAAGGAGAAGGUGAAGGAUGGCGUGAGCGCGGUGAAGGCCAAGACCAAGAUCGCGCAGGCCAAGGCGUCGGAGAAGGCGGAGGCGGCCACGGCGAGGUCGCACGCGGAGCGGGAGCUGGCGCACGAGCGCGGCAAGGCCAAGGUGGCCGCGGCAAAGAUGGAGCUGCACCAGGACAAGGCGCUCCACCGGGAGGAGGCCAUGGAGCACCGCAUCCACAAGCACGGCGGGGGGCACGGCCGCCACCACCACAAGCACGGCGUCGGCAUCGUGGCCGCGCCCCCGCCGGCGACCGGGGCCGGGGCGUACCACCCUCCUCCCGCCGCCGGUGGCCACUACUACUGAUCAGCUACGCAGCUCGAUCGCCAGCUAGAUGGGCACAUGCGUCGCGUGUGUGUGAUGUGAUCUCGAUACCCAAUAAGCCUGUACUUUGUACUGUUCAUGUUUGACUUACCCACGCGUGGUUUUUCAUUUUGCACUUGGGUUGGAUAUGAGAGCUGUACUUGAUAUUUAUGCACAUAUGAAUGCAUGCGACCUUGUUGGCUUGUCCCGCGAA